AGCAAGAGAAGUGGAAGCCGAAACGACGACGAGAGGAGAAACACCAAAUCGAGAAGAAGAGGAGCAAUCUACGCGUAGAACACGAGCACGUAUACACAUUCGUAUACGCUCACACGCCCAUAUUCACGCAUCUUUUCGAUUCGUGGAGACCUUUUCCGUUGCCGACCCAGAUGGAACACUUGCAUAUAAUUGUUGAUAAGAACAACUUCUGAAAGAGGAAACCCCACCUCUUGUAGAUUUUUCAAGGGGGAAAAAAGGAUGAAUCAAGAAUCGGGCUCACCUACUACCCUGAAGCGAAAACGGGGUCGCCCUCGUAAAGAUGAAACCCAAACCCAACAAGAGAAGACGGCCAUUACUCCGAGACCUGACACUGUAAGCACCGAUGGAACUGUGGAUGACAUCAUGGGUCAGGUGGUGUCUGGUGUAGUUGAAGGUUCUUUCGACGCAGGGUAUUUCCUCAACGUCAAGGUUGCAGACACGGAUAAACAACUGAGAGGUGUCGUGUUUAUACCCAACAAAGUAACUCCAAUUACUGCAGAGAAUGAUGUAGCUCCUCAUGUUAAGAUGUAUGAAAGAGAAGAGAUCUCUGCCCCCUCUUCAAACCCGAAAACACAUCCCCAGGGGCAAGAAAACUCUGAAAAGCCAACAGACAAUGACACAGUUCAUGAGCUUCAGACAGGUAUUGGUUCCGAGCUUAGGUGUUCAUCCCCGGUUAUUCCUAGUGGCAUGCAAGUAAAAGACAUUGACAAUGCUUCCUUACUAGAGAGAGUCCCUCCACCCGAGAUUGCAGAUUCAGGAUAUGAAAACCAGGCACUGUCUUUAAUGCCACAGUCAGGCAAUGACGGCUUCUAUGAAACGCAUAACACAGUCCCGGCAUGUGAAGCCUCUGAAGCAAGUAAGAAGUCGAGCCCGGACAGAUUGCCACAGAAUGAUUCGGUCACAGAAGGUAACCCUCUGGUCGAUUUCUUCCCCACCUCUGAAACAACUCGACUUCAGAGCCCAAACCUCGAGUUCUUUCACCGAGAGACGAAGCUGUCAUCCCGAGAUGAACGACAGAAAUCCCCUCCACGCGAUGAACCUCGAGGGUUCAACCUCAUGGCAGAAAAACCAGCUCCUUCUACCAUGGAAAACGUGCCAGAGGAGGAGCUUCAGCUAGAGCUCGGGAACAAGAUCAUGAGCGGUGUUAAACCUCCUCACCCCGAUAGCACUGGGGAGACAAAUCAUCAACGUGCUUCAUCGAUGAGCGGGUUUCUUGCAAACUUGUUUGAAGGAGAAGCCACAAGAGCAGAACCAGACCCUGCUGCUCCAGAAAGCGGGUUAGGCACGGUACCUGAAGAGGAUGAUUCCUCAGCCAUUUACAGAAACGUGGACUGCAACAUGAAAGAAGAUAUUUCAAAGGAGCAGACACAGAAACCGUUGGUAUCAGAUUGAAACAGUUCCUCCUCCUGUAGUUAGCAGAUUAAUAGUGCCAUAACGUCCGUUUUUUUUUUGCCUGCCAUUGAUUUUGGAAGUAUUGGCAAUGGCUCUCUUACCUUGGACUUGGUUUUUUUUUUGUUGGUAAAACUCAAUGCUCCUUUUAAAAAAUAGUUCUUUUUAAAUUAGGUGAAGAUCGU